AUGUCCACCUACGAAAUCGAACACAACACAACUGACCCCUCAACAACAACCCAUUCCCCACGCCGCCGCCGCCCCGACCUCUCCACCUUCUUCGCAACUCUCUCCGAAAUCACCCCGGGCCCAGACCACCGUCCGCAUGCCGUGCCCGUACCCGGCGAUGUGAGCGCCGCAUUUUACAGCCUCGCUGAGGCGCUGGAAGUCAUGCGCCGCGACGCCGAUGUUGGUAGUGGUGCAGACCCUGCAGGUACCACUUUCGCUGCGGGGGGUCAGGAGACCAGUGCCAGCGGCGACGAUAGCGCCAGCACUGGCGCGGGUGUAGAUCGCGAUCUGUUGACGCAGAUGAUUCAGACGCUACUCCAGGAGGCGGAUACACCGCCGCGGGAGGUGGAGGGUGUUAGUGAGGAGUUUUGCGAUAUGCUCGACCGCAUCCCCAAAUCAUCCCUAACAGCCACGCAAACCUGCCCAAUCUGCAACAACCCCUUCCUGGAAGACGAAUACCCGCUUGUCGUCCAGCUCCCCUGCCACCCGACGCACCUGUUCGAUCUGGAGUGCGUGCGGCCCUGGCUGCGGCUGCGCGGGACGUGUCCGCUGGAUCGGGUGGAUUUUGCGAAGCAAUUACGGGAGAAGGCGGAGGCGCGGAAGAAGAUCGUGGAGGAGGAUGAGGAGGAAGAGUGGGAUGGGAUGUAUGGGUAA